AUGUACAUCAAGCACGUUAUUGGCGACGAUAGCGAUGAACAGCCGCUGCGUUUCGAGUUUUUCCAUCUCGAUGCGGAGCGGGGGAAGCAGUUGCUGGGCUACUUUACUACGUCGCUGCGGAGCUUGAGAGAGCUCAACCAUGGUAGUGAGUUGGAGUUGAAUGCCAACACUUUCCCGGAGGGGGAGUUCUGUGGCACUGCGCUUUUGCAUUCGUCCUUCGUCACAAUGUAUAGGCAUUUCUUUCACUUGCAAGUCGAGUUUCGAGGCGUUGCUGAUGGCCCCUUUGUCUACUUUGAUAUCAGUAUCGCCGAUGCUUCUAGCGGUAACCUGUUUGGCAAUCUGAAGGGCCAACGCCCGUGCUACAAGAUUGUACGAUAUGGCGACGAUGGCAAGUGGAUUGAGUUGUAUCGUUCCGAAGCUCCGCUGCACGGCUUGAACCUGAAGCGCUCUCACAAGUUCAACGUUGCAAAGCUCUCCGAGGACAAACUCAAUAAGGGGAACAGGAGAUCGCCGAUUUUUUUUAUCUUUUCCGCCAAAACACUCUGGGGAAACGAGGCCGAGGCCGGCACUGUGCGCACUAAUAUCGAAGAGCUUGCACAAACAAAAUCCGGUCACUACUUCCCAUUGCAUACGGGAAAUAACCGAAACGGUUACUUUCAAAUACUUCAAGCAGAAAGAGGCAAGAACUUCAUGUAUUUUUCAGCCCAUUGCGUCUUGGGUGCCUCAAGACCUGACGAGGACGACGCUUCUUCCAUGCUGAAAGCGCAGGUGGCGACGAGAGAUCUCGUCUAA